AUGGCUACGCUCGUGGAGCCCUCGGUACCUACUACCUCUUCUGAGGAGAGGAUACUGGCGUUGGAGAAACGGCUCCUAGAUCUGGACUUGAAGUAUCAAACGCUGUUGAAGAGCUUCGAAUCCCCUUCACCAAAUGCUCCAACCCAGGAGGGGGUGGAGAACACGGAGCCAAGCGCUUCUUCCACAACCUCAGGUGGCGUUAUCUCCAGCAGUGACGCUGGAACACUGGAAACAAAGGCCGACCAUAAUGGACAUUCACGGAUCAAGAUUGUCAGGACUUACAAGAAUCCUGACACAGGGGAGAUGAUUGAGAAAGAGGAUAAUCCAACGCCGAAGGCAGAAGACAGAGAUCAGGUUGCGUUUAUCUUAAAAAAGGUGCAGGCUGACAAGCUCCCAGGCUCAGAUGACAGGUCAGAGAUUGAUAUCAUCAGUCUUGAUCUGUGGAAUCUUCUCAAAAAGCACCUCGCCGCCACGCCUGGUCAUGCUUUUCGAGGCCAGCCCAUUACGAUUUAUUCUCCGUUCGAGGCCUUUGUUCAUAAUUUUGACCGCCUACAGACAGUUGCAGCUGACGUCAAUGAGAAAGACAACGAACAACAGAAACAAGCCCGCAAGGAUCUGCAGCUUCUCCUUGGUGCCAUCUCGGAUGGAUCCUCCGGUGACGAAAAACUGAACAAGUAUUUCAAGAUGAGGGACUCAUACCUCAGUGACGACACUAUUCAGUUUGACGAUCUUUGGACGAUAUUCCGUCCCGGGACCUUGGUUUACGGCAAGCCGUUUCAAGGAGAGGACCAAGUUUUCGUUGUCGCGGACAACUGGUACUGUUGGCCACAGAGAGGAGACCGUCCAACAACAUGGCUAGCUUGGCCACUUGCCUGUUGGGUGUACGAUUGGACCGGCACAGAGUUCAAGAGAACUCCGUUUAUGAUGAGGAUUGAGAGCUUUGAGGGACGGAAGCCCAUCACAUCUUUGCCAGAUUCAGAACUGAGGACUGUCAAGGCUAGCCUGAUAACAAAAGGCAAGAGGUUUCGGAAAUAUUGUGAGGCCAAGGAAGGUUUACGGAUGUUUGACUACAAGGGCGAUGCUAUUUACGGGAUGAAGGGUUUCAUCGGGAUGAGUCAAGGUGUUACAGAUGACAGUGAUGCUCGAUCAGUAAGGUCGUACUAUGACCAGUUAGAGCGUCUCCGCCGGCGGAGAACAGGGGAAGAUGCAGAUAUUUCUACACCGAGGUCAGAAUACACAGCCAGUCGGGUCAUGGUUGACUACCUGUCAUACUUCCAAUAUGGCUCUUCAACAAAGCGUCUUGGAGGGCUGGAAUCAAAGACUCAAACCUGGAUGGAUUGUGCAUGCUCUGACUGUGCGAAGAAUCCGGAGCUCAACACCAAGUUCCGUAUGCACUUUGACAAGCUGAACAUCCAGCUCAAAAAAGAUUGGGAGGAAGAGCAGUACCUCAUUUGCCCGCCACGUGUCUUGGGAUACAUACUUAAGGACAAGCAAUGGGCGCAGCUACAGGUCACCAAUCUCACAGAGAUCCCGCCCUCAGACAAUGACAACCCCUGGAAUACUCGAUUGCAGCUUGCCGACGACAAAAAAAAGUGUGGCACGACCAAGAGUUUGCUCUUCGAUCUUGUUCGAAGCCAUAUUUCGUCCUCCACGGGAGAUCGCAACGCGGACAGGGGUCUCGAAGUCAACGACAUUGUGCCCGGAAAGGGGAAGGGUUUGAUCAUUCUACUUUACGGGCCUCCUGGGGUCGGUAAAACGUCUACAGCAGAAACAAUUGCGAUUGCUGCCCGGAAACCGUUGUUCAGUAUCAGUGUCGCAGAUGUCGGCACAGAAGCCAAGCACGUCGAGUCCAACCUAGCGAGGAUCUUUGCUUUGGCUACCUCUUGGCAAGCCAUCCUACUCCUCGAUGAAGCCGAUGUUUUUCUGGAAAGCCGAGGAAAAGGAGACUCCACAGACAAGAAUGCCCUCGUCUCAGUCUUCCUCCGAGUUCUCGAGUACUAUCAGGGCAUAAUAUUCCUCACCACCAACCAGAUUGCCCAGUUCGACGUCGCGAUUCCCUCUCGCAUCCAUAUCUCCAUCGCCUACGGGCAUCUUAACGAGGACCAGAUGACGAAAAUCUUCCAAGGUUUCCUCGACCCACUGGAAGAUCGUGACUUGAUCGAGGACUACGCAGGCAUCCUGAAUUACCUCGAUGAAUAUGUGUACUCCAUGAGGUUUGACGGCCGGCAGAUUCGGAACAUUGGUCCUGGAAAGUUGAAGCUGAAGCACUUGAAGACAGUAGUGACCAACACCAAUCAGUUCAAGAACGACUUCUCAAAACAGUACGAACGAUACAUUGAGAAGCAGCAGAGCAUCAAAAGCUUCAAUCCAUAG